AAACAAACCCACCUCAGCUUCUGACAUUUGAAUCUCCAUUUUUUUUUCUUUCUUUUAAUUUUUAAUUCUCCUCUCCAGCAAAAUAUUGUUAUAUAUAAAGCCUUGGAGUUUGUAUUAUCCUUCAAUAGAGUUCCAUAUAAAACAGGAGGCAACAGCGGCUGUAGAGUAGCUAGGGAAAUGAUACAGGAAGAUCAAGGGCAGUGUUCUUCUCAAGCGAUCAAUAACUACCACCAGGCUUAUCAAGACCAGCUUCUCCUUCAGCAACAGAUGCAGCAACAAAACAAUGAUAUCUUUGGUGGAGGAGGAAGAGGAGGGCUCAACAUGUACCCUGGUGAAGUCUCUCAAAUCAUGCAUCAGCCUUGGUCUAUUCCUCAUAAUCAGGUUCAUCACCCCUUCAACACGGUGAGAGAGCACGACCCUUUUCUUGUCCCUCCCCAACCUUCACCCUAUGCAACUUUGUUCAACCGAAGGGGUCAUUCUCUUCAGUUUGCAUAUGAUGGUUCAUCUUCUGACCAUCUUAGGAUCAUAUCAGACACCCUUGGACCGGUCGUUCAACCCGGUUCGGCACCCUUUGGCCUCCAAACCGAGUUGGCUAAGAUGACUGCUCAGGAAAUCAUGGAGGCCAAGGCCCUUGCAGCUUCCAAGAGUCACAGUGAAGCCGAAAGGAGGCGCAGAGAGAGAAUCAACAACCAUCUUGCCAAGCUUCGCAGCUUGUUGCCUAGCACAACCAAAACAGAUAAAGCAUCAUUGCUGGCAGAAGUGAUUCAGCAUGUGAAGGAGCUGAAGCGUCAAACCUCAUUGAUAGCAGAAUCGAGUCCGGUUCCUACGGAGGCUGAUGAGUUAACUGUGGUGGACGAAGCUGAUGAAGAUGGGAGGUCUGUGAUCAAAGCCUCUUUGUGCUGUGAAGAUAGGUCAGAUCUGUUUCCUGAACUCAUCAGGACCUUGAAAGCAUUGAGGCUAAGAACCCUUAAAGCUGAGAUCACAACGCUGGGAGGACGUGUGAAGAACGUGUUGUUCAUCACUGGGGAAGAAGAAGACUCGAGCAGCGGCAGCGAGGACCACAACCACCAACAGCAGUACUGCAUUAGCUCAAUACAAGAAGCACUUAAGGCGGUGAUGGAGAAGAGCGUGGGGGAUGAGUCUGCUUCAGCAAAUAUUAAGAGACAAAGGACCAAUAUAAUAUCAAUGUCCUAGAAAGGAUGGAGGUCUUUAUAAAUUUUAUUUAAUUAAAGGCCUAUAUGAUUACCAUUAUUAUCUACUUAGUUGUUAUAUAUAUUUACAUAUUUUGAUCUGCAUAUUUUUUGGGGGUGUGGUUUGCUUUUCCUUUUCUUUCUUUUCAACAGUGUGUGCCUGAAAAUGUUAUUACUAUAUGUAUCUUCUCCAUCAACAUCAUCAUCGUUAAAAAAUGAGGUAAUGAUAUUGAAUGGUUUUUUCUUUAAA